AUUAGGAGCCUCCCAUUUCUGCUGAGGCCACCUCCUGGCCUGGGCGGGCAGAGGGAGCACCCUGCUGGUCGGAGGAUGCUCCCUGCAGGCUGUCAUCCUCCCAGCGGCCGGCCGGCCGGCCUGGAGCCGCCCCGCCCACGGCCGAGGUUUCGGUUUCCCGUGGGAGCCCCGCCCCGUGCCCCGGGGAGCCGGAGGUGGCGGAGAUGAAUGGCGGGCGCGGCGGCUAGCAGCCGGACCCCUGGGGGGUCGGAGCUUGUCGAGGGAUGCGGCUGGCGCUGCCCGGAGCAUGGCGACCGCAUAGCUGAACUCUUCUGUCGCCGCUGCCACCGCUGUGUGUGCGCGCUUUGCCCGGUGCUGGGCGCGCACCGUGGCCACCCGGUGGGCCUGGCGCUGGAGGCGGCGGUGCACGUGCAGAAACUCAGCCAAGAAUGUUUAAAGCAGCUGGCAAUCAAGAAGCAGCAGCACGUUGACAACAUAACCCAGAUAGAAGAUGCCACCGAGAAGCUCAAGGUUAAUGCAGAAUCAAGUAAAACCUGGCUGAAGGGGAAAUUCACUGAACUCAGAUUACUACUUGAUGAAGAGGAAGCUCUGGCCAAGAAAUUCAUUGAUAAAAACACGCAGCUUGCACUCCAGGUGUACGGGGAACAAGCUGACUCUUGCAGAGAGCAACUUGACGUCGUGAACGAUCUCUCCAACAGGGUCUGGAGUAUCAGCCAGGAGCCUGAUCCUGUCCAGAGGCUUCAGGCAUACACAGCCACCAAGCAGGAGAUGCAGCGGCAGAUGAGCCUUGGGGAGCUGUGCCACCCUGUGCCCCUCUCCUUUGAGCCCGUCAAGAGCUUCUUUAAGGGCCUCGUGGAAGCCGUGCAGAGUACAUUACAGACGCCAUUGGACAUUCGCCUUAAGGAAAGCAUGAACUGCCAGCUCUUGGACCCUUCCAGCACCAAGCCAGGUACCUUGUUGAAAACCAGCCCCUCACCAGAGCGAUCACUCUUCCUAAAAUACGCGCGCACGCCCACGCUGGAUCCGGACACGAUGCACGCGCGCCUGCGCCUGUCGGCAGACCGGCUGACUGUGCGGUGCGGCCUGCUGGGCAGCCUGGGGCCCGUGCCCGCGCUGCGGUUCGACGCGCUCUGGCAGGUGCUGGCUCGCGACUGCUUCGCCGCCGGCCGCCACUACUGGGAGGUAGACGUGCAGGAGGCGGGCGCCGGCUGGUGGGUGGGCGCGGCCUACGCCUCCCUUCGGCGCCGCGGGGCCUCCGCCGCCGCCCGCCUGGGCUGCAACCGCCAGUCCUGGUGCCUCAAGCGCUACGACCUCGAGUACUGGGCCUUCCACGACGGUCAGCGCAGCCGCCUGCGGCCCCGCGACGACCUCGACCGGCUCGGCGUCUUCCUGGACUACGAGGCCGGCGUCCUCGCCUUCUACGACGUGACGGGCAGCAUGAGCCACCUGCACACCUUCCGCGCCACCUUCCAGGAGCCGGUCUACCCGGCUCUGCGGCUCUGGGAGGGGGCCAUCAGCAUCGCCCGGCUGCCCUAGGGGCCAGGACCGGCGUGACAGCCUCCAGGUACGCCGCAGCUGCCCAGUCUCGCCUAAUCUACCUAGAUCAGCGUGGUUGCUCCCCUUACUGCCUGCUUCUUAGGGCCCACUCCCUGCCCCACCUCUCCCCGACCAAUCACGCCUACAGUGCUUUGAAGGUUUCCUCUCCUAGGCUAGUUUCAAACAGGCCCUAAACAAGUCUGCUGCUGCCUUCUCAUCAGACCUCCGCACCCCCACCCCACCAUCACUUACACUACUUUAAUCCAGUUCCUUCAAAGUGAUACCCCCACAGGUAAGCCGUCAGCAUGCUGAAUACGUCAUCCGCAGCCUGGGAACCUUCUCCCUCGUACAACACAGGAACCUCGCACAUAGUAGGCACACAGUAAAUGUUUGUGAAUGAAUGAGAGUCAUCCAGCCCUGACUCUUCUGUCUCUUGAGGUCCCUUGAAUCUACCGCUUCCUCCCCACCGAUUUCAGCUUGUCCACAUCACAGCUCCCUCCAGAACAGCUGCAAGAGCUUCUUAGCAGUUCCUGGUCUGAACCCUCUCCCAGUCCUCAUCUUCCACCCUAAAACUAGAGUGAUCUUCCUAAAACUUCACUUAACCUCUCAGCUAUGAAGAGGCUUCCAGGAGUUACCAUGAAAAAACAAACAAAAAAUACAAACGCCUCACCUUAGCAUUCAAGGCUUAUCUAGUCUGCCCAAAAUUCCUUAUCCUCACCUAGCUCCUACCACUCUUCUUAGAGACUCUCCAGUCAGAAAUAUGCCGCAUAGCUCCACCUCCACACCUCUUUGCUGCCAGCACAUACAUGCAGAAAAGUUUUUUCACCUGUCUCAGUCUUCCCCAGGCUUACCUGCGCCAGGAAGUCUAACCAAGGAACAAGAAUCUCACUAUCAGAGCCACAAAUCUGGGACCCUAUCUUUCCAACUAAAUUGGAGGCUUUGGAAGGGCAGCUUUGUCCUAUACUCUCUCCACCCUGAAAAGUUCAGAAAGCCCCUUCCCUCCCAAGCAGUGAAUUAAUAACCAGCAAGUUCCCAUCACUGAGUCACAGGUCACCCAGCCAGAUCUCAUUGUACAUUUGGGGAGUCUCUGAGGUCCUGAAAGAAAGCAGCUGCGUAAAGUUACCCCGUGGUGAUAUGGGGGGGGCCAGAUGUGUGCCCCAUCCACCCGCCCCCAAGCAAGCAUCUGACCUGUCCCCUGGCCCAGCCCUUAGGCCCAGCUUUCAACCUGCUUAUUCAUUUCUCAGGGAAUGCUGGGACGGAAUCAGCAGGUGACAGUUGCUAAGCAACCAAAGGGGGUGGUGUUUCCCAACUGUCCUGGGACAAAAAGGGGAAGAGCACCCAGCUGUCUGGAACGAAGUGACAGAAAUAGAGAACGGUAGGCUCUCACAGGGAGGCCAGCUCCUCUAGCAGGUAGGGGGAGGCCUCUUCCCAGGGCCUGUGUCUCUGUUCUGAAGGUUCCGCGUCCUGUUUUGUCAAUUCCCUAGAUGGUUCUGAAGUUAUGUUCUGUUAAAGCAUCUUCGUAGGUGCUUGGUGGGAGGCUAAGGCCGCCGAAUCCUCGUAAUUGAAACAGACUCUCAGUGCAUUAGUUUGAACGAUAUAAAACUGACAAUUUUCAAUAGUUUUUGAGUUAAAAAUGGCACUUUUGAUAUAAGACAAUGUAGCAGAACACCAGGCAGACAGAACCUUGCAAACGCCUUAACUUCUAACCAAAGACUUUAAAACUCUGGCUGGACAGAGUUUUAAAGCACUAUGCUGCAGGAAUCGUGAGAAAAAGGGGAAAUUAAUUCUACUAGGAGAUGGCCCAAACUGAAUUGUGACAGGCAGAAGGCAUUCCUGACAGAGUGAAGAUGAAUACACUUGACCCCAACAUCUCUGUCCAUCCCUGAUGAUCAAGACCUCUUCCCAGACCCACAGCUGCAGGGGCCAAGUAAUAACAGCUCUUACUCGCUUAUAAUGCACUGUUCUAAUGCUUUACAACUAAACUUAUCUGAUCCUUUCAUCACCCCUAGGGGGUAGAAAGUUAUCCCAAUUCUACACAUGGCAAAAUGGAGACCCAGAGUCACUUGCCCAAGGUCGCACAGCUGGUGGUGGAGCUGGGGUCUGGGCCCAGGCUGUGAGUUCCAGGUCUGUGCUCAUGGCCACCAGGCCCUACUGCUCAGGUUGAAUGCAGCUGGUCUCUGGCCAGUGCCUAGUGCUCUGGCCCCUCUCAUGGAGCUACUGCCCAUGAUGCUUUCCUAGUGCCCGGUGAUUCUAUGACACUUGAGUCUACCUUUGGACUGCCUUCCUUGGGGUCUGAGAUGAGGCCUUAUGGCCCAGAGGGGAACUUGAUUUAAAAGUUUGGGAUUCAUGCAGCAGAGACAGAGCUAGACCUUAAAGGUCACAAACUAGCUGUGUCAAGGCCCAUGAUAGCCAGAAAGCAGCAGUUUCAGUCCAUAAUCAAUUGUGUGACCAGGGCUAGUCACUUUUUACUUCUCGGUGCCAUCUAUAAAAUGGGGAUAAUGGCACUAUCUACCAGUGCUGGGAGGCUCAAAUGAGCCAAAGGUUAUAAACUUGCCUUAAAAACUAUAGUCCUAUACAAAAAUUAGCUGGGUGUGGUGGUGCGUGCCUGUAAUCCCAGCUACUCAGGAGGCUGAGGCAAGAGAAUUGCUUGAACCCAGGAGGCGGAGAUUGCAGUGAGCCGAGAAUGUGCCACUGCACUCCAGCCUGGGGGAACAGAGCAAAACUCUGUCUCAAAAAAACAAAACAAAACAAAAAACUAUAGUGCUGUAUCAUGCCAGGAUUUAUCAGCAUUCCCAAGGGAGCGUGCGCUGUACCGACUGAGUGCUGAGACUACUGGUAUUCCCAGCUGCCAUGUGGCAGUAGCAAGAGCUACUAGAAUAUUCUCAGCACGGGAAUGAGGCUUCCUUGGUUUCCAUGUUGGUAAGGGUUACUGAUCACUUACCUUAUUCUCUUUCAGACUUGAAUCUGUAGACAUUUCUUUAUUGAUCUGGCAAAUUGCUUGCAGAUAUUUUUAAAUGACAGCAAUUUUCUAAUAUUUGGUUUAAUAAAAUGUGAAUAAUGUCCCUUUUAACCAUGGUCUUCACUGGGAGUUCACGUUGCUUCAAGUCCCUAGCACCCAGACCCAGACGGGCCUUCACUCAUAGCCUAUUCCUUAGGCAGCCUUCUGGUAGUAGUCAGCUGCUCCCUGAUUAACUAUCUCCAGGGAUGGGGCAUUCACUGCUUCUGAAGAUAACUCACUAAAGUUCUCACUUACGUGUAAACAACUCCCACCUGUUCCCAUCCAAGAUAGUAUUAUAGCUUGAACUCCUGGUCUCAAGCGAUCCUCCUGCCUCAGCCUCCUAAGUAGUUGGGACUACAGGCUCACAUCAGCAUGCCUGGCUUACAUACCACCUUCUAACAUAUUGUGUGACGGAAUCACUGUGGGGUAUAGGCCUUGUUUUAGUUUCUCUGUCAAAUGUAAACUAUCCUGUCAGAUGACUGUAAGGAUUGGUGAUAUUAUAGAAUGUACCUAGAACAUAGAAUGCUCUCAAUAUAUGCAUAGUGUAUUGAUUUUUAUGCAUCUGCCCCCAUCUGAAUGAAAGUUCCCUGAGGAAGGGAUUGGGGCUGUUCAUGGCUAUAUCCUCUGUGCCUAAAGCAGUGCCUGGCACACAGAUGGCCCUUAGUAUUUGUUCAGAGAAGGAACACAUGCCAUUUCCCUCUCUGCUCUGAGAGGAGAACCUUCAGCAUUUUUCUGCCUACAAGAUCCUUUGACCAAUCCUUUCUCUGAUGUGGAGGGACUACUAUACAAUGCCAACUAGACACAGAGGCCAAUGGCAGGAAAGGGAUAAAGGCAAUGGAGAAGUAAAGGGCUGUAAGGAAGUGAGAUUGAAGGCUUAAAGGAAAGGACCUGCGCAGCCAGCUCUCGCCCCUCUCUGCAGCCACCCAGCAACUGAAGGAUAUGGACGUGGUUUGGAACCACCCCCUCUUCUAAGCUGGCCAACUUGAAGCAGAGACUGCAUCACUGGAUCUUUUUCUCUCUCCAGUGGGCUGACACAGGGCCUGGCCCAGAAACGUCUGCUGUCUAAGGAGCGGGUGGAGGUGGAUGACGGCCAGGUCCCUGGAGACCGCCAUUCCUGCCCCCGCCUCACUCAGACACAUCCGACAGCACUAGCAAGGGAACUGAGAAUUCACAGAAUGGCACUUUAUUUUAAGACUUGAUUUUUUUGCCAUGAUUAUCUACCGAUUCUUCCAUGAUGGUAUCAUCUUCGUCAACAGUGACCAGGACCUUCUUGCCUACUAGAUUAAAGAUGUCUUCAGGAGGAUAGCCUUUGGGCUCACCCACCUUCACGGUGAGCAUGUCCAUUGUUAGAAUGGUGCCUUCCGGAAUUUUCACUUUGGCCACCACAGACUUGCCCAGCUGUGAACAAAAUGAACAUUCAGUGCCAGCUUCACAGAAGUAACUAGUGUACACUACUUUACAUUCCAGGUCCCUGAUCAGUCCUCCCCAGGCAGUACCUUGGGAGCAGGGACUCUGUUGCCACCUACGCUGCUCAGAAUAUCUCAUACAUGGCAGGAAUUCAACCAGUGUAGAUUGAAUUCAGAGACUCAGAGGAGUGGCCUUUACAAUAAAGUGCGAAGGAAAGGGCUCAGGCUGUGUAGGUGGAGCCAGGUUCAAAUCCCAGUCAGUGGGAUAUAGGCCAUGUUUUAGUUUCUCUGUCAAAUGGAAACUAUCCUGUCAGAUGACUGUAAGGAUUGGUGAUAUUAUAGAAUGUGCCUGGAACAUAGAAUGCUCUUAAUACAUGCAAACUCUAAUUCCUUUGGUCACCAUCCAGCUCAAUAUCUCAUUGUAAACAUGGGGAAACCGAGGCCCAUACAGGGUGGGUGACUUGGCCAGGGUUGCAGACAGCCAAGAUGAAACGUAGGAAUGAGAUUCUCAACUCCUGACGCACUGUUCUUCAGGGUGCACACCUUACCGCCACUUUGUUUGGUAAAAUAGAAAUAUGAAGGACUCAUAAGAUGGUGAAUGUGGCUGUUAUGCAGAUGGCAAGAAAAGGAGCCCCCGAGGAAGGGGCAGAUAGGACAGGCAGGUGAGGAAAUGAAGGUUACCUGAAGCUCAUGACCAAUGUUUGUCUUCUCCAUAAAUACUUUCAAAUAAAUUACGUGUUUUAUUACUCUAUAUCCUCCACAAGAGAGUGCAAGGAAUCAAUUCUGCUUGGAAUGUGGUGCCAGGAAAAAAUGUCUGUCAAGUGAUAAUCAUGCAUCCUGUUAUGUUUUACUGUCUGCUCAGAGAGCCAAAUUAAGUGCUCAACUGUUAUAAAACUUAACUCUGGUUUCUGGUCUAAUUCUCUCCUGUUUCCUCUAUAAAGAAACUAUUUCUUUUUACUUUA